UUAACAGCAGGCUCUGAUCCCACAGCCAACACUAUUACUUUUGUAUUGUAUGAGUUAGCCUUCAAUCCACUGGUGCAAAAACAGCUACAACAAGAAAUUGAUUUGGUGCUCCAGAAGUAUGGAGGAAAAAUGUCUUAUGAAUCUAUGAAAGAUAUGGCUUAUCUGGAUUUAGUCAUUCAAGAGACAAAUCGUAAAUACUCUCUGGCAGGCUUUAUGAGAAGAGUGUGCAGUAUACCUUACCAAAUCCCAGGCACAGAUGUUGUCAUAGAGAAAGGUACAAAAAUAGUGAUACCGAUGCACGCUAUCCACAAUGAUCCAUCCAUUUAUCCUGAGCCUGAAAAGUUCAUACCAGAGAGAUUUGAAGGGAACAAUCAUCGUUCAAACGGUGGCAAAUAUUUGCCCUUUGGGGAUGGACCCUCGGAUUUGUAUUGCAAUGAGAUUUGCACUCCUGGAGGUGAAGGCUUGUGUUGCCAUGGUGAUGUCCAAGUAUUCAGUGAAGCUGGACCAGAAAACUCAAGUUCCUCUGCGUUUCAGUCCCAAAAUAGUAUCACCUACUCCAUGUGGAGGAAUUUGGAUUCAAUUUCAGAAGAGAACUUAGAUACAAUAAGCCAAUCAUACUGAAAUUAAUGAUAAUAAAUAAAUUA